CCCCAUCCGGGCUGCGCCCGGCCCUGGAUGUGCGGCGGGACGGCAGGGGCGCGGCAGGGGCAGCCCGCGGCCCGCGGAUGGGGAGAGGCGGCGGCCUGCCGUGCCCCCCGCUUGCUCAGGCAGUCUGCAGGCCUGCCCCGGGAGGAGGGCCCUCUGAAGGGAGGUGGCAAAGGAGCAGCAAUACCAGCGGCAGAGCCGCCAGCGUGCGCGGUGCCGGCUGGCCAGCCAGCCUUCUUUCCCGCUGCCUUUCGCAGUUGUCACGCACCUCCCUGUUAGUGUUGCCGCCCCCCAGGCCUGUGAGCAACAUGAGAGUAGUGGCUUUAAUCAGUGGUGGGAAGGACAGCUGCUACAACAUGAUGCAGUGUGUUGCUGCUGGUCAUCAGAUUGUUGCCCUAGCCAAUUUAAGACCUCCUGAAAACACAGGUCAUACUGAUGAAUUGGACAGCUAUAUGUAUCAGACAGUAGGACACCAUGCCAUUGACCUGCUUGCUGAGGCACUGGAUUUGCCACUCUAUCGUGGUUUCAUAAAGGGUACCAGUGUAAAUACUAGAAGAGUGUAUACCCCCUGUCAGGAAGAUGAGGUUGAAGACCUUUACCACCUCAUGAAACUUGUCAAGGACAAAGAAGGAGUGGAGGGGGUAUCUGUGGGAGCCAUUCUUUCUGACUAUCAACGAGUUCGAGUUGAAGAUGUGUGCAGAAGGCUGAACCUUCAGCCUUUAGCUUACCUUUGGCGUCGGAAGCAGGAAAUCCUCCUUAAAGAAAUGAUCUCAUCUCGCAUUCAAGCCAUAAUCAUUAAAGUGGCAGCUUUUGGUUUAGAUCCAGAUGAGCAUCUAGGAAAAACUCUGGAUGAAAUGGAGCCUUACCUUUUGAAGCUUUCUGAGAAAUACGGAGUCCAUGCUUGUGGAGAAGGUGGAGAAUAUGAAACAUUCACACUGGACUGCCCUCUGUUUAAGAAGAAAAUAGUUGUGGAUUCAGACAAGGUGGUUGUGCAUUCGGCUGACGCAUUUGCACCUGUGGCCUACCUUCAUUUUUUAGAGUUACACCUGGAGAACAAACAGGAAGAAGCUUCAGGUGCAUUUAUGGUUCGCAGGUGUUCUUGUGAGAUGAGCUGCAGCAACAAUGAUAUUUUCCCUUUGUCAGAAGAGGACAAACCACAGGGAGACAUUCCUGUCACCUGGAAGUCUUCGAAACAGAAAUCUCUGGAUUUUAAUAAGAAGUUUGAAAAGUCAGGAAGAUCUGUGAGUGGUUACCAGUGGUUUUCAGGUAUCACUGCUCACUUCCAUCCAUCGAGAGGCAAAAGUCCACAAGAAGCAGUGAGGGAAGCAUUUUCUUCUCUCCAAGCUAAUAUGACUUCAGAGGGAUUGCAACUGAAGGAUAUUAUUUUGGUUCAUCUGUAUGUGAAGAGCAUGGAAGAUUUCAGUGUUAUAAAUUCAAUUUAUGUGGCAGAAUUUGAUUUGUGUCCACCAGCAAGAGUAUGUGUGGAAACCCUGUUACCUGAUGAAGUAUUCUUUUGCAUCGACUGCCUUGCACACAAGUGUGAUGUUGCAGCAGACAAUGAGUUACGUGGUGAGAAGUUGGUCAUGCAUGUGCAGAGCAUCUCCCACUGGGCACCUGCUAGCAUAGGACCUUACAGUCAGUCCAUCAAGGUUGGAGAUGUUCUCUACUGUGCUGGACAGAUUGCUCUAGUACCUUGCACAAUGCAGCUUGUUAGCGGUGGCAUAUGGCCUGAGGCUGUGCUGUCCCUCCGUCAUGUUGAGAGAGUUCUUGAAGCUAUGAGCCAGAAGACUACACUGCACCAUGUCAUCUCAGCCAGCUGCUAUGUUACUGACAGCAAGCACAUUCCUAUUGCUCACGCUGUAUGGCAGAAGAAAUUAAGAGAACAUACAAAGGCUGAAGAGUCGGAGAUGUGUCAUGAUGCACCUGCAGCCUGUGGAUUGCUGGCUGUGGUUGUAGUAUCACAGCUGCCCAGAGAUGCUGCCGUUGAAUGGCACGUCACUGCAGCAGUCGAUGAGCCACACCAGAGAAAACACUUUGCAGCAAAGGUACUGUCAGAGGGCUUCCAAAUCGAGUGUGACUCUGUGGAGUCUGCUUCUGCAUCUUGUGCAGCUGUCUCUGUACGCCUGAGCUUUGUUUCAGCACCCACUUCUCAGCCUGAUUUAGAUGGCAUUCUUCAUGACUUAGUUGCUGUCUUUAGAGAAGCUGUUGAGAAACUUUCAGAAGACUGCAGUGCAAGUCCUUUGGCUCUCAGAACUUUCUUCAAGGAGGAUGUCUUUGAUGCUAAAGCACUACAGACAGGACUGCAAGAAUACCUUGAAAAAUAUUUGGACGAGAAGACUCCAGCUCUGAUUUUAGUGCCUGUGGUGAAUUUACCAGGCAAGGAAGUUAUUCAUAUAGCAUGCUGGCUAAGCUAGAAGUUUCAAAGAGAUGAGUUGGUAAGUGAAGAAAAACCAAACACAUCCCAUCCAGGAGAGAACAAAGGAAAGAACUGAGCACAACUGUGUUGGAUACUUUCAUUAAGCACAAUUUGAUUUAAGCAAAAGCAUCUUUAGCUCGUUAAUGGUGCCUCGUGAUAUGGCAGCUUUCAUGAACAAUAAAGGUUUCUUUUCUAAA